AUGAAUGUUGAAGAAUUCGAAUUUUUUUCAAAUUACGAAGAUAAAGUAACAGGUAAGCUAAAGUUAUUUGGAAGAAAUUGGCGCUGCUCUAAUGCGAAAGCUGUCAUUCUAAUUGUGCAUGGUUUUGGGGAACAUAGUGGUCGCUAUGGACAUGUUGCCGAAAUUUUUAAUAAACAUAAUAUAGCAUUUGUUGCAUAUGACACACGUGGUAGUGGCCGCUCGGGCGGCGAACGUGGUUAUGUGCCAUGUUUAAAUGCAGUGAUGGAUGAUUUGGAAGCAGCUAUUGGAAAAGUGCGUGAGUCAAAAUAUUAUCCUGAUGUUCCACUUAUUAUUUAUGGUCAUGGGACUGGUUGCAUCACGCAGUUAUCGCACAUUCAGCGACGGAAAUCAAAAUCUUUACUUUACCAAGCCAUGAUAUUAUCGACACCAGCAAUUACGAUAGCACAACGGCCAAGCGCAAUUCAGUAUUUACUAGUGAAAACAUUUGGCUAUUUAGCGCCACAUUUUCGUUUACCACUCGGUGGUAAUAAGGAUAAAAGAGAAUACUCAACGGAUAAGGAUGUAGUCGAAAAAUAUCGAACCGAUCCACUGGUUCAUGAUCGCUGGCCAGCAGGUACAGUUUCAAUGUUUUUACAAUUAGGUUAUGAAUUUGAAAGUGCCAUAAUUGAUUUUCCUGUACCAACACUUAUUCAACAAGGUAGUGUAGAUACAACCACACCCGCCGAACGUAUACGUGCAUGGGCUAACAAAGCAAAAGGGCCAAAAACAUAUAAAGAAUGGGAAGGUUUUGAUCAUGAAUUACAUAAUGAACCAGAGAAAGAAAGUCUAUUUAAACAUAUUCUAUGGUGGCUUAAUACUACGCUUAAUUUAAACAUUGAAUCAUCCCAACAUCCUGAGAUUGUACCAUUGAAAGUUCUCACUGAUACAAUUUCGAAAGAAUAA